AUGAUAAUCAACUGGUUACCCUCUGUUUGGACUCCAAACCAGUCUCUGUUCUCUGUCAAAUGUGAGAUUUUGGAUGUGGAGUUGGAGGAGGGACGACGGUCAGGAAAAUUGACGGCAAUAAGGUGCAUUUUGUACUCUUUUGUACAUUUUGCACUGGUUUCCUAAUUUGUAUCAUAGCUAAAGAAGAUUUAUGGCCCAGCCACAAAUCUUUCAGUGUUACAAAGCAUACUGUAUACCAGGGGCGUAGCGUCCAUAUGCGCACGUACGCCCGUGGAAAAAACAUUUUUUAUUCCCUUAUAGCAUUUGUUACAGUUACCAUAAAAAUAGGAUCGAUUUUUAAAUUUCGAAUUAUAAUGGUGUGUGUGUUUGUUUUUCCAGUAGCUUUUCAUUAGUCCAUAAACGACAAGAAACGUUAGUUGGCUUCCUAGACUUGUUAACUGUCCAGUUAUUUUAGGAAGCCAACACCUUUUUAGCUUUAAUUGUUAUUUGAUGUAAAUGUAUUCUUUUCUAAAUCUAAGGGCUAAUAAAGUUAUUGUUGUCGUAAAGUAAUGGUGGUGAAAACGAAAGAAAAAAUUCUACCCUCUGCGGUCCUCGCCUUUCCCCAAUCCCCUGUCCAGGGCUAUUUUUUAAGGAGAAGUUACCCCUAAAUGCUGUGUGGCUCCAGAAAUAAUUGCACUCGACUCAGAUCAGGAAUAUAUAUAUGCAAAUGCAACUGAAGUCAUUGACUGUGUAAAGCCUGAAAACCCCAAGAAACAAUUAGAGAUCCGCGGAAAUAGUUGGAAAUGGCAUUUCCGAGACCCUAAAUUUCAAAAUUUAGACCAGACCCCCCUGGUUUGGGGCGCCUUCGGCGCUCCCAAUUUCCACGCUGUGAACACCUUCAAAACCUCACGCUACGCCCCUUUAUACGGAACUUAUAAUACAAAUGGCUCAAAGCUCGAAAAGUUAAAGGGUUUAGAGAAGACAAAAUUAGAGACUAAUAUGCGUAACUUUUCUACUUUUUUAAAAUUUCUGAUAAUUUAAAGAAACGAUUCUUAUGAAUUUUAGAUAAAUACAGGUUGAGAUGAUGAUUAUAAGGACAGAAACAACAGUACCAAGAACAUUUAUUCUCAUGACCAUAAAUCUUCCAAAAAAAAAAACAAACAAACACGAUGACAUUGAUAAUGAUGACCAUAGAUCAACUAACAAUUAUAGUUUCCCAUGGAAAAAGAAAUCCUUUUCAAAUGUUGAACAAGUGUGGGAUAACUUGAAUUUGUUUGUAUGAUGAAUAUUACAGAAGUAAUGAAGAAAUUUUUAAAAUUUUUUCCCAGGCCACUUUUGAUUAUGGUGCACAAUACUAGAGUGAUUAUAAAGAAUACAACCUUCCCGGAGGGGAGACUGAGUUCGACGGACAAGAAACAAAGCUGCCCACCUACUGGAACACAUCCUUCUCCAAGAUCUGUCUCGGUAUGAAGAUCUGACAUCAACUUAGGUACAUUGUCAUCAGCAAGCAGGCCGACUCUUUGUACUCACUGAUCGCUGAUGGGCAAUACCGCGUCACCUCAUUGAGUUGUGACGCGUGGAAGGCGUUAAUUGGCUCACAAGCCUCUUUACAGUACUACUGCAACAAGGAAGGGUUCAAUGCCGUUUGUAGUUGGAGCAAACAUUCUAAAGCCAGAAUUGGUAUUGUUGGCAACAAAUAUGAUGACUGCGGUGCGUGUGACUCAAGGAUUGGAUUUGGCACAAGAGGAUACCCCGAUGACCUGAACACAUGUUGCAAUGUGGCUAAGUGGUAUCCAGAUAACGGAGACAAAUACAUCAAGGUUGUGGGAUGCAUCUUGGUACAAUGA